UACCACAGUGGAGGGAAGUUGUGUGUAACCUCCUCCUCCUCCUCCUCUUCCUCUUCUCCUCCUCCUCCUCCUCCUCUUCGUCCCCCGGCUUGAGGAAGGGAGGGGGGGCGGGGUGCUAAGAUACCCUCAAUAAGGACCCACGAAAAUGGAGACUGGAAUGUACAGUGUUAUGCAGGGGCUGUCAUGGAUGUGCAAGCUGGGGAGAUGUGGGCUGGGGAGAGGGGCGCGGGGGAGCAGGGGGGGGCUGAUCCUCCUGCUAACUGGGGUGUUGCUCUCCCUCCUCCUCCUCGCUCUCACCCCCCACCCCACCCCAGCCGAGCCCCUCCACCGGCUACGAAGAAUUCAUCAGGAGGAGGAAGAUUAUACAGGGGGAAAGGCGCCCCCCCCUGAUAACGCCAAGUCGCCCCCAGUGGAUGCUGCCCCCGCCCGCCCUGUGGUGAAUUCCUUGGGGGGGUUGAGUAAGGACCACAUAUCAGCACCACCACCACCACCACCACCGCCCAGCCUCAGCCAAUCAGCGGCCAAGCCCAGCAACCAAUCACAGCCAUCCUCCGCCUUCAACCGUGACGUCUUGGCUGUGUUUUCGAAGCUCGCCCAAGCCCCCCCACGGACGCACGAGGGUCGAGUUCAGCUGGCGCGGGUGCAGGAGGCGGCCCUGACGGCGCUAAACUAUGGGUACAAGCUGACGAAGGCUCAACAGGCGGUGCUCAACAACCUCAACCCACAGGCGAGGCGGGACUUGGAGGACCGCUUGGCCAAGACGCGGCAGGCCCAGGAUCGCGUUUACCUGUCACACCUGCGGACGAGGGGACAGGUGCUGAAGCGGGCUGGGGGAGGCGAGGAGGUUGUGUCCACCGCUAAGCAAGUUGUACGGUUCCCCAUCAGGUUAAAGAAGAUUCCCCCGGCACAGUGGCCCGACCAGUACAAGCUAUAUUACAACCUGACACACUACCCCUGGGUCAAGAGUGAAGGAUGCAAGAACUUCAGGACCUCUUUUGCACCCCCUGGCAGCCUUCCCCCCCGUGGCCUGGCGUCCUUCCCCUCGUCUGGCAACACUUGGGUCAGGUAUUUAAUAGAGGGAGCCACAGGUAUCUUCACUGGGUCCAUGUAUGAUGACACCUCGCUAAUGAGAAAAGGCCUGUACGGAGAAGGAGUGAUGCAUGACUCUGGAAUGACCAUCGUCCAGAAGAGCCAUGGAUACACCACCGGCGAGGCAAUGACCAUGCAGGAUAAGGGGCAGAGGGCCCAGCACAACCACCUCCAGGAGCUUGGGUACCAGGGCGUGGUGGUCAUCCGGAACCCCUUCAAGGCCCUCAUCUCUCACCGACACCUGGACGUUGGGGGUCACACUGGCUACGCCCCCAAGGCACACUUCCUAGGCCAGGGCUGGGCAGACUUCGUGACACUUAAGGUCCAUCUGUGGCGCGACUUCUACACCGACUGGCUGCGUCUCACCUCCCCUGAGCACACCUACGUCAUGCACUACGAGGACCUGUGCGCCCACCCCGUCGAGGAGAUGCGCGGGGUGCUGCGACACCUCAACAUGCCUGAAGACUCCUCGCGGCUGGCAUGUCUCGGCAAGAACCUGGACGGCAUGUUCAAACGCAAACCGUCAAAGAACUCGCCCCUCAAUUUCGACCCGUUUACGAAAGAGCUUCGAGCGGUGAUUUACGAGUCGAUAAAUGCGGUUGAUCUGGCCUUAAGGGAGAGAGGGAAAUCCGGGUUGCCGGUUCAUAAGUAUGAGAUUUAUGAUGCUAAGGAGGCAGAGGGUAUGGGGUAUGGGCGGACAGUUAGUGGUGGUGGUGGUGGUGGUGUUAGUGGUGGGUAGUGUGUGUCUGUGCAAUGGUGUGUUUGUGGUGGUUUAUGAAAAUGGAAGAAAAAGUGCUUGGAGUGGAGGAAAAGUCUUGGGAGUGGAGGAAAAGUCUUGGGAGUGGAGGAAAAGUCUUGGGAGUGGAGGAAAAGUCUUGGGAGUGAAAGAAAAGUUUUGGGAGUGGAGGAAAAGUCUUGGGAGUGGAGGAAAAGUCUUGGGAGUGGAGGAAAAGUCUUGGGAGUGAAGGAAAAGUCUUGAGAGUGGAGGAAAAGUCUUGGGAGUGAAAGAAAAGUUUUGGGAGUGGAGGAAAAGUCUUGGGAGUGAAGGAAAAGAUUUGGGAGUGGAGGAAAAGUCUUGGGCGUGGAGGAAAAGUCUUGGGAGUGAAGGAAAAGAUUUGGGAGUGGAGGAAAAGUCUUGGGAGUGGAGGAAAAGUCUUGGGAGUGGAGGAAAAGUCUUCAUAUUGGAGGAAAAGAGUUUGGAGUGGAGCAAAAGUCUUGGGAGUGGAGGAAAAGUGUAGAUUUUCCUAUGAGAGAAGAGGGAAAAAAUUUGUGUUCAUAAGGAAAUGGAGGAAAAAGAGGAAAAAUUUUGGACUUCCUAGAAAAUUGGAGGAAAGAUAUUAAUUUUCCUAAGAGAAAGGAGGAAAAAAGAAGGAAAAGAAGGAAAAAGAAAGAAUUAAGAGAAAAGAAGGAAAAUGAGAAAGUGAAUGAAAAAAAGGAGAUAAGAAAAAGAUAAUAAACAAAAAUGAAAAAGAAUGAAAAGAAGGAAAAUGAGAGAAUGAAUGAGAGAAAAGAAGGAAAAUCAGACAGUGAAUGAAAGAAAGAAGGAGACAGAAGAAGGAAAAAUAAUAAAUGAAAAUGAGGAAAAAGAAGGAAAAGAAGGAAAAUGAGAGAAUGAAUGAAAAGAAGAAAGAAAAGAAUGAAGACGAAACAGUGAAUUAAAAGAAGAAAGGAGAUAGAAAUGAAAAAAAAUAAUAAACAAAAAUGAAAAAAGAAUGAAAAGAAGGAAAAUGAGAGAAAAUAAAAGAUAAAGAAAAAUAGGAAAAGGAAAAGCCGCUGAACUUCCCUGUGUGUGAGAACGAGUCUAAUUACACACCAUUAAUUUUCGUAUCAUUAUUAUUACUAUUUUUACUAUUCAACGUUUGCUCAUGAAUUUUACUCCUUUACAACUUAAGGCAGGUCAAAGUUCCACAGUCAGAAUGUCGAUAUAUAUAUAUACUGACCCCUGUUUAUCUAUCUAUCUAUCUAUUUCUCUAUUCUCUAUCCUGUUUCUGUUUGCCAAGUUACAAGAGGAGGAGGAAGGAGAGGAAGAAGGGGAGAGAGAGAGAGAGAGAACGAGAGAGGAGGAGAAGGAAGAAGGAGGAGAAGGAGGAGGAGGAGGAGGAGUUACAUGAGAGAGGAAGAAGGAGAGGAAGGAGGAAAGUUAAGGGAGAGAUUGGUAGAGGAAGAGGAGGAGGAAAGUCAUAUGAGAAAGAAAGGAGAAGGAGAGGAAGAAGGAAAGUGAAGGGAGAGAGAGAGAAGAAGAAGAAGAAGGAAAAAGAGGAGGAGGAGGAGGAGGAGGAGGAGGAGGAGGAGGAAAGAGGUAAAGUCAAGCGCAAACUAUCAUGUCUUCCACAAUCUCCUAAUAUCCUUAACCCAUCUCUAUCCUAUCCAUAUCUCUCCUUAUAUAUCCUACUGAGGCCUUAUCUAUCCUAAUAUACCCUAACCUUACAUAUCCUUAACACUGUAAUGGCUGCCAAGUUACUAAGGGGUCAGUUUUUAUAUAUGGACGUGUGGUAUGUUUAAAGUAAGACUGUGGGGUAAGCUGGGUGUUGUGUGGUGUAGUGUGGCUGGGUCUGGUGUGGCUGGGUAUUGUGUGGCUGGGUCUGGUGUGGCUGGGUGUUGUGUGGCGUAGUGUGGCUGGGUGCAAUUUUGCCAAUACUACCACCACCACCACUGUAUAUAUGUAAAGUCUAACAAGAAAGUAUUAUAUCAAAGUUACGGAGAGCAUGUGAGGUUUCGAGAAGGGUCGUAUUAGAGGCAGAAGUUCAUAUUUUCGACACUUUCCAGCUCUGACGAUAUCUGUUUCCCAAGGCCAUAAAAGAGGUUAGUUGGGUUCUAUUGAGUGUGUUUUGUGUUCAUGGUGAAGAAGCCUUGUCAAGUUAUGGCUAUACUCGUAACACUAGCAAUUGACACACUAACACAACCUCCACCAAAGCCUUGUCAAAUUAUCGCAAGGCUCAUAACACUACCCAUGGACACACUAACACAACCUCCACCAAAGCCUUGUCAAACUAUCACUAGGCUCAUAACACUACCCAUGACCCUAGUGGUAGCUUGACCCUUCCACUGUGCCAUGAACCUAAAGAAACACACAUUUGGCAAGGCUUUCGUAGGAGUUGUGGCCAUUUCCAGGGGUAGUUUCAUGACCCUGGUGGUAGGCUGACCCUUCCUCUGUACCGUGAACCUAAAGAAACACACAUUCGACAAGGCUUUCGUGGGAGUUGUGGCCAUUUCCAGGGGUAGUUUAAUGACCCUGGUGGUAGUGUGACCCUUCCUCUGUACCGUGAACCUAAAGAAACACACAUUCGACAAGGCUUUCGUGGGAGUUGUGGCCAUUUCCAGGGGUAGUUUCAUGACCCUGGUGGUAGUGUGACCCUUCCUCUGUACCGUGAACCUAAAGGAACACUCAUUAGAACCCAACUGACCUCCUUCUUGGCCUUCGAAAGUAGUUGAUGUGAGCGGCGGAGGCAUCUGAGAACAUUGACCUCCUUACUAUACAAAAAAUAGGUCAUGUUGCGCUCCUGUAUUCAUUCUUAAGUUUGAUAGUGAAAAAAAUAAAGUGCAUAUCUAGUUUGUGUACAUAGAUAUUUUUAGUUUGUGAAUAUAGUUUUUAUUUUCAUAGUGUGUAUAUAGAUUGUUUGCCAUUAUUACUGUAUGAGAAAUGACUUACCAGUGUCGAUAUAUAUCCUUUGUGACAGUGAUAUCUUUCUAUAUUUUUCAUAACUAACAAGUACACCAUCUUCUUAGUAAUUUGACCAUGUACCGAAAUUGCCUCUAGUGACCUCUAUUCUUGAUAACCUAAGUAAAACGUCUUCUAAAUAAUUUGACAAGGUGAGGGAAGGAGGAGGAGAGAGAGGAGAGGAAAGGAAGGAGGGAGGUGGAGGGAGAGAUUGGAAUGGAAAGAGAGAGAGAGAGGAGGAGGAGAAAGGGAAGGAAAGGGAAGUAACAUCUCUCUCUCUCUCUCUCUCUCUCUCUCUCUUUCUGGCUAUUUCCCUUAUUUUCCUUCUUAAUAAUUUGACCGGGAGAGAGGAAGAGGAGAGAGAGGAGAGGAGGAGGAGAAAGGGAGGAGAGUAACAUCUACAUUCUCUCUCUCUCUCUCUCUCUCUCUCUCUCUCUCUCUCUCUCUCUCUCAACACACAAUUAUCACAUCUUUCCCUAUUCCCUAUUCAUAAGUCAAACUCACUCCAUUUAUAAUUUGUACAGUUGCAAUUAAAUCCUCAUCCAUUACAAGAACACAUUUUCGGGUACAAGAUAAAUUAAGUAAUCCAUAUAAUCUCCAUUACUAUUAAUAUCAAGUGCCUAUCUAUAUAAUCACUCUUGUGCAUAUAUUUUCCUAGCCAUGACAAGCCUAUAACAUAACCUAGUUUAGCGUGACGAACACCAAAAACAGUUUCUCUAAUGACCGACGGAGUUCAUCGCUCACCUAUAAGAAGACUAUUUCCGAAUCUCUUUUUGGGGGCAGCGAGAGGGGAGGGAAUGGAGAGAAAACAGCGAAAAGAAAUAUAAAAAGGGUUAGAAAUAGGAAAUGACCGUACCUCGAUGAACUAAUGAUGAGGUGGUAUGUGUUUUGUGUUAAUUUUUGAACGCAGUGUUUUGGGUGUUAUUGUAUACGUAAUGAAGGGAAGCAAUGUGUAAGGAGAAGGAAGAAGGAGGAGGAGGAGGAGAAGAAGGACGAGAAGGAAGGAAAGUGAGGAAUAGAAAUUGGCAGAGGAAGAGAGAGAGAAGAAGACGAAGAAGGAAAAGGAGGAGGAGGAGGAGGAGGAAGAGGAGAGAGGAAGAGUGUAAGAAUGAAAAAUGAGAGAAUGAAAAGGAAAAAUAAAAAGAGAGAAAAGGAGGGAGACGAAAGAGAAAGAAAUGAGAGAAAAAGGAAAGAAAGGAGAGAGAGAGAAGGAAGGAAAGUAAAGUAAAAGGGAAUGAAGAGAAUGGAAGAAGAGGAAUAAGAAGGAAGGAAUAGAAGAAAAUGAAGGAGAUUGCCAAAGAAGAAUGAGAAGGUUAAGCAAAGAAGACACAAAGAAAAGAAUGGAAAGAAAAAAAAAGAUACAGGAAAUAGAAGGAAGGAAGAAGGAGGAAGAGGAAGAAGGAAUAGAUGAUGAAGUUGAGGGAAAGACGACAUUAGAUAAGAAUGGAAAGGGAAAAAAAGAUACAGGAAAUAGCAGGAAGGAAGAAGGAGGAAGAGGAAGAAGGAAUAGAUGAAGUUGAGGGAAAGACGACAUUAGAUAAGAAUGGAAAGGGAAAAAAAGAUACAGAAAAUAGAAGGAAGGAAGAGGGAAGGAAGAUAAAGAAGGAAAGAGUAAAGAGGAAGAAAGAAGAGAGGUUGAAGUUGAGGGAAAGAAGACUCCAUCAACCACUCCAUCCCUCUAAGUAAAAAUACCCUUGUGCCUAAACUCAUGACGAAGGUUCAAAACAAUAUUUAAUGGUGAUGUAUCUUGCCUUAUAUAACACACUCUCUCUCUCUCUCUCUCUCUCUCUCUCUCUCUCUCUCUCUCUCUCUCUCCCUUUCUUCCUUUUCCCAUCCACGCCAAUCACAUUUUUGCUUCUCAUCCCAUUUUCCAUCAUCACAUAUUUCCACUUUAUCGCAUUUAUCAUAUUUUCCUCUAUUUUUGAUCUUACUGAAAUGUCCAUGUAAGAAAUUUUGUAAGAGAUGCUCAUAAAGAUGGCAAUGUGUGUGUGUGUGUGUGUGUGUGUGUGUGUGUGUGUGUGUGUGUGCAGCUAUUUAUGGCUUUGUGAUAAUUAAAAAAAAGUGUCAUUUGUCA